AUGGCCACAUGGGACGGUUCUCAUUUGGGACCGGAUGACGAAGACUAUUACCAAAUGUAUGCUGAUCAGAAUGCACCCGGGCCUGCGUCAAGAAAUUGGGCAUUAUUCUCUGAUAAUAUGAGUCAUAAUUAUUUACAACAAAACGAACGCAUGUUUGAACAGAAUAGACCAAGUACCUUCUAUCAUUCGAAUGUGAAUGUUAUGCCAAACUUGAUGGCUACGACUGCUAGUUAUGAGUAUGUAACAAAUCCAAUGAAUACGCAUGCAUUAAACAGUCAUGAGUACUAUCCGCAUGUUGUCAAAUCUGAACAAUGCUAUUUGUCUGAUGUCCCUUGGAAUUGCGAUAAUGACUUGGCAGAUAGAGACAAGUAUGAUCGUACGAAAAGAAUUAAAGAACCUUUGGACAAUAUAACGAGUCACUCACAAUUACACGUUAUGGCUGAGGAGUUUGUGCCAAAUAAUAGAGAGUACGAUGAUAGAAGCAAAAAUAAUGAAUCGCAGAAUGUAAAAUGUAUUAACAAUACAAAUUCUUGUGUCCAGGAUAGUAACAAGAUAUCGGGUAAAUAUUUUGUUUACAAUAUGAAUAGGCAUGAUAAAAAAUACAAUAGCAAAAAGAGUCCCAAUGGUAAACACAAAGAAAGACAGUGUUACAAAGAAGACCAGUGUUACAAGAAGUAUGCAUAUGCAAAUUACUAUCAGCAAGAUGUCAGAGCUCAUAAGCUUCAAGGAAACUCUCAAGUAAAAUCGAAGUAUACAAAUGAGAAUGCAUCAGAUGAAUGUCCAAAUAAUGAUGUUGCUUGUAAUAGUAAAGAAGAUUAUGCAACAAAUUCGAAUAAUGGAGAAUCGUCUUCAAAUGUAAAAACAAUUUCAAAUAGAAAUAAAAAUUUAUCAAAUAAGAAUAAUAAUGAAAGAAUUAUUAUUGGUGAUAAUAACGUGCAGGAUAGUAAUGUACAGGAUAAUAACGUGCAGGAUAGUAAUGUACAGGAUAAUAACGUACAGGAAUCCAAUGAUCUAGUUAAAGAAUUUACUUACUAUAACUCUGGAUUAAAACAGACCUACAAUAAUCAUAGAAAUGUAAAGAGAUAUCAGUACAAUGAUAGAUAUAAUAGGGAAGCAAAUUUUUAUAAAGAAAGGCGACAUCAUUAUCAGAGAUAUGGGAGAGAAAAUUAUGGUAAAGAAGAUAGAUUUAAAGCGAAAGAUCAAACAUGCAGUAACGAAGAAUGUAAUGAAUACAAAGAAUGUUUCAAUGAGGAAACUGGGUUAGAUGCAAAAGAAGCAAUAGAGAAAAGGCACAAUUAUCAGCGAUAUAAUGCAUUUAAGGAACAUUACAAAGGUAAUUUUGAAAAUAAAUUGGAAAUUUUGAAAGAGAAAGAUAGAGGGAAAUUCUAUGUAUCUGAAAAUAAAGAAAAGGAGAAUGAACAUUGGAGAAGUAGAAGGAAAAUUAAUGAAAGAAAUAAUAUUUCAAAACGAGGACAUAAUAAAAAAUCACUUGUUGAUAACGAUGCAAGUCAGAGAGAAAGAUUAGCAGAACAACUGAAUAAAGGAGAAUUGGAAUGCUUAGUGUGUUGUGAAUAUAUUAAACAGAAUGAUUAUACUUGGUCAUGCUCCAAUUGCUAUCACGUAUUUCAUUUAAAAUGUAUUAAAAAAUGGGCAAACUCAUCACAAGCUGAGAAUGGUUGGAGAUGUCCGGCAUGUCAAAAUGUUAGUUCAAUAAUUCCUGAGGAUUACUUUUGCUUUUGUGGGAAAGUGAAAGCACCUGAAUGGAAUCGUAGAGAUAUUGCACAUUCUUGCGGCGAAGUUUGCGGUAGAACAUUAUCAAAAGAUGAUUGUCCACAUAAAUGCACUCUUUUGUGUCAUCCAGGAUCUUGUCCACAAUGUACAGCAAUGGUAACAAAGUAUUGUGGCUGUGGUAGAACUCUACAAACAGUACAGUGUAAAACUCAUAAAUUAUUGAAGUGUGAUUCUAUAUGUGGCAAAGAUUUAAAUUGUGGUAGACACAAAUGUCAAAGUAAAUGCCAUUAUGGAGAAUGUGCAAAAUGUGAAAAAACAGUAGAGCAAGAAUGCCAUUGUGGGAAAUUUUCAAAUGUAUUAACUUGUGAGAGUUAUAUUCCACCUGCAUAUUCUUGUGAGGUUGUUUGUGAGAAAUUGUUGGAAUGUGGUAAUCAUAUUUGUACAAAAUUAUGUCAUCCAGGGGCUUGCGAACCUUGCUCUUUGGCUCCUGGAAAAAUUACAACUUGUUGCUGUGGACAAACACCAUUACCAGAUAAAAGACAAACUUGUUUAGAUCCAAUUCCUGUCUGUGACCAAAUAUGUUCGAAAAAUUUAAAUUGUGGACCAUCUGAUAACCCUCAUAAUUGUAAAGUAAAAUGUCACGUAGGAGAUUGUUCUGUUUGCGAUUUAACCACCAAUGUUAAGUGUCGUUGUGGAAACAUGGAUAAAGAAAUAGCUUGUAAAGAUUUGGUAUCGAAAGCUGAUGUACGAUGUGAAAAGAAAUGUUCAAAGAAAAAGUCUUGCGGCAAACACAAAUGUAAUAAACGAUGUUGUAUAGAAACAGAACAUGCUUGUCCAGUAUUCUGUCCAAAAACACUAAGCUGUGGAAAGCAUCAGUGCGAACGAAAUUGUCAUAAAGGAAGAUGUCAACCUUGUUGGCGAACUAGUUUUUACGAAUUACGCUGCGAAUGCGGAGCUUCUGUGGUGUAUCCUCCUGUUCCUUGUGGAACAAGAAGACCUACGUGUGACAAACCAUGCUCUCGUCAGCAUUCUUGUGGCCACGAAGUAUUGCAUAAUUGCCAUAGUGAACCAAAUUGCCCACCUUGCACUGUUCUUACUCAAAGAUGGUGUCAUGGCAAGCACGAGUUACGCAAAGCUGUACCAUGUUAUGUUGACGAAAUUUCAUGUGGCUUACCUUGUAACAAGCCCAUAUCUUGCGGUCGGCAUAAAUGUAUUACUACUUGUCAUUCCGGACCAUGUGAGAAACCGGGCCAACAGUGUACUCAACCUUGCACUGUUCAAAGAGAAAUGUGUGGACAUAUCUGUGCUGCCCCGUGUCACGAGGGUAAAUGUCCAGAUACACCUUGCAAGGAAAUGGUUAAGGUGACGUGUCAGUGUGGGCAUAGGGCCAUGUCACGUGUUUGUGCCGAAAAUUCCAAAGAAUAUCAAAGAAUAGCAAGUAGUAUAUUAGCCAGUAAAAUGGCUGAUAUGCAAUUAGGUCAUUCCUUUAAUUUGGAAGAAGUGUUUGGCCAAGGAGUAAAGAAGCAGAAUCAAUUAAAAACUUUAGAGUGCAACGAUGAAUGUAAAAUAAUAGAACGAAAUAGAAGAUUAGCGUUGGGUUUGCAAAUUGCAAAUCCGGAUUUAAGUGGCAAAUUAAUGCCUAGAUACAGUGAUUUUAUGAAACAGUGGGCUAAAAAGGAUCCGCAUUUUUGCCAAAUGGUCCACGAGAAAUUAACGGAAUUAGUUCAACUAGCAAAGACCUCUAAGCAAAAAUCACGCAGUUAUUCAUUUGAUAGUAUGAAUAAAGAUAAACGUCAUUUUAUUCAUGAAUCUUGUGAACAUUUCGGUUGUGAAAGUCAAGCAUAUGAUCAAGAGCCAAAAAGGAAUGUUGUUGCGACUGCUGUUAAAGAUAAGUGUUGGUUACCUAGCUAUAGUUUAUUAGAAAUUGUGCAACGGGAGAAUGGUCAGAGAAAAGUUCCAGGUCCAAUGUUAAAUACUACAAAACCUGAUGGAUCUGUAAAGACAAUAUUAUCACUGCCUGCGAAGAAAUUUCAAAAAUCAGAAACGCCAUUAACCAUAAAAACAUCAGAACCAGAAAUAGAUUAUUUUGAUUAUAAAGGCUAA